AUGGCCCCUCAAACACCUUCAUCCGAUGAGCACCAGCAGCUCCUUGACACUCUCGACAUAGCUGCUAUUCCGCGGCCAUUUCGCAGCUCCCGAUGGAAGCCCUCCAUACGACGCAACAAAAACGUGAAGCAACUUCUAUCAGAAUCAUCGCGCAAAGAAGCCUCAUCCAUGGCAACGCAAAGCAACUCGGGUGCAACAACUCCGCAGCUUGGCACGACGACUACCGAUGGAUCACAAACCCCUGCGGCUGGAGCAGCUUCUCGUGCUCCCAACCUGGCGCAGGCGUCUCAAAACCUGUCGACUCUUGUUUUAGAGAAGAACUUGCGCGCGUCCAUGUACACUGGUGGGCCGACAGUUACGUACACGAAUAUUGAAUCGGCGCCAUCUCUGAGUCCUGCACACCAGCAUCGUUAUUGCGACAUUACUGGUCUUCCCGCGCCAUACACGGAUCCGAAGACAAGACUACGCUACCAUAACAGGGAGAUAUUUGGCGUUGUUCGAACGCUCGGUCAGGGUGUUGCUGAGAAUUAUCUCCAAGCAAGAGGGGCCCACGUGGUCCUGAAGUGA